UGAUCUUCAAGCAAAUAAAAGAACAGCAGGCGACCUCCCAAAUGUUUAGCCCACACCAGGGGCGCCGGGCAUGCCUUACAACCCAAGCUUUAAAGGGUGUGCAGCUUGCAAACACCGGAUGCCCAACAGCCCUACACAACGUGUGCCUUUGCUGUUAGGGUGAAGAACAUCAUACUGAGAAGUUUCAAGCCCUGCACCAGAAAGGACAGGGAGCAUAGGCUCCAACAGCUCCCGAUGGAGGUGGGGUUAAAACUCACUCAGACCGAAAAAUUGGUCCACGGAGCCAGCUCGGUGCACAGUGUCCCAGCCUCUGAGAGAGACACGGCACAGAAGCGGCAUGUGGCUAAAGACUUGCAGCACUGGGGAUCCCCGGCAGUGAAAAUGACGGUUUCCCCAUGUCCGUGACGUGUUGGUCGAGGUUCUGCGGCUCCUCCCCGCCCUUGGAGCAACCAGUCGCUACCUUUUGGACUCCGUGAUCCCUGCCGGACGUCAUGAGCAUUGCAAUCCCUCUGGGAGUCACCACACCAGAUACAUCCUACUCAGAUAUGGCUGCAGGAUCUGACCCAGAGUCCGUGGAAGCUAGUCCGGCUGUCGAUGAGAAGAAUGUGUACGCCAGUCAUGGCUACGAGGCCACGCAGAGGCCCAGCUAUCGAGGGCUGCCGUAUGCAGAUCACAAUUAUGGAGCACCUCCUCCUCCGACCCCUCCCGCCUCUCCCCCGGUGCAGACCAUCAUCCCUCGUGCAGAGCUGAACGGCCUGCACUCCCCUGACGAGGAGAACUCUGGGGAUAGUGAGAGCUCCUCCGAGGGAGAGCCCGUUCCCAGCUGGUGUCACUGCACGCUUUCUCAAGAUGGCUUCCUCCUCAAGUGUGACAAAUGCAGGGGAGUGAGCAGAGGGAAAGUGAUCAGGCUUCGCCGCCGGAAGCAGGACAAUGUGUCAGGUGGAGACAGUAGUGCCACGGAGAGCUGGGAUGAGGAGCUCUCCCCCUCCACAGUGUUGUACACUGCCACACAGCACACCCCCACAAGCAUCACGCUCACUGUUAAUCGAGUGCACAGAAACAAGCCGAAGAAGAGGAAGAGGAGCAUGGAGAAAGCUCGCGCUGCACCGAAGGCCAAGAAGGUCAAGGCCUUUCGAGAGGGCUCCCGGAAAUCCCUGCGGAUGAAGAAUUCUCCUUCGGAAGCACAUGCCCUGGAUGAGAACACAGCUGAGGGGUGGGAGAACCGGAUCCGGCUCUGGACAGAUCAGUAUGAAGAAGCCUUUACUAACCAGUACAGUGCUGAUGUACAGAACCUCCUGGAGCGGCAUUUAAGCUCCAGUAAGGAAUUUGUGGGCAAAACUGCUAUGCUGGAUACAAUCAACAAGACAGAACUGGCCUGCAAUAAUACUGUGAUUGGGUCCCAGAUGCAGUUGCAGCUGGGAAGAGUGACUCGGGUUCAGAAACACCGGAAGAUCCUGAGGGCAGCCCGAGACUUGGCCUUAGACACCCUUAUCAUUGAGUACCGAGGCAAGGUGAUGCUGCGGCAGCAGUUUGAGGUCAACGGGCAUUUCUUCAAAAAGUAAGAGUGCUGCUCCGCGACCCGUGAGAGAACACGAGGGGCGUGGGGGGCCCUGCUGCCAGGGGCUGGCAGUUGUGUGCUGGGCAUAGAAAGUUAAAGGAAGCUACAAAGUGGCCCGGAUCCCUUUGGAUGAGAUUCCCGCAACUGAGCCAUUCUUCGCAGCUGGCUUCCCUGAAAAGCUGUCCCAGGCUGAGGUGUCACUAGAGGCGGUUUCGAAACAAGCGGCUCAAGAGUAACAAAUCCCCGGCGCUGGUGGCACUCGCCCAAGAGUUCUGAAGGAACUCCACCGUGAAGUGACACAGUGCUGACCUAUCGCUGCCAGCACCCUCUGCUCCAGAUCCCUGGGCAUGGCUCAUUGACGCUGCAGAAAAGGCUCUGGAGCCCAUCUUGACAGUCGCUGCCCAGUAGGCCUCGCGUCAGUGCCAGGCAGACUGCUUGGAAAUAUAGUCAAGAACAUUAUCAAGGCCCCGGAGUGCGGGGGAAGGGCCAAGGGA